GGUUCAACACAUCUUCAUGAUUUAAAAUAGCCAGAGAAAAUGUCCCCUUUCUCGUCAUCCUAGCUCGACUGGAAGGAGAUCAGAGGACCCAGUGAGCUUUCGCACCGUGGACGGCAUGGCAUCAACAGGUUCCUGCAGUCUGUGGAGCAUCUAAGGGAACCUGUGGACCAUCCAACGGCCCCAGUGAAAUCUGCUCCCUCUGGCUGCCUCCAACGCCAUCUUCUCUUCAGCUGUCCCCACCCAUGGCCACACCCAUCCACAGGAAUGGAAGUUCCUCAGCAGUGUCCUUGCAGGACUUUGUGCUGGUGGGAUUUGGGGGAGGUGCAGAGACCCAGGCCCUGCUCUUUGCUGUCUUCCUUGCCCUGUAUGUGGUGACUGUCCUGGGCAACCUCACCAUGAUCAUGGUCAUCACCCUGGAUGCCCGCCUGCACUCCCCCAUGUACUUCUUCCUCAAGAACCUGUCCUUUGUUGACCUUUGCUAUUCCUCUGUCAUUGCCCCUAAAGCCCUGGCCAACUUCCUUUCCUCAUCCAAAGUCGUUAGCUUUGCAGGAUGUGCCACACAGCUCUUCUUUUUCUCCUUGUUGGCUACUACUGAGGCUUUCCUCUUAGCAGUGAUGGCUUAUGACCGCUUCAUGGCCAUCUGCAGUCCUCUGCAGUACCCUGUGACCAUGUGCCCCAUGACCUGUGCCCUCUUGGUUCUGGGUACCUACUGUGGAGGCUGCCUCAACUCCAUUGUGCAGACCAGCCUCACAUUCCAGAUGCCCUUCUGCAGCUCCAACCGUAUUGACCACUUCUACUGUGACGUGCCCCCGCUGCUCCAGCUGGCCUGUGGUAGCACAGCUCUCAAUGAGCUCUUUCUCUUCGGUCUCUGUGGGUUCAUCAUUGUGAGUACCAGCUUAGCUGUGCUGGUCUCCUAUGGCUACAUCACCGUGACCAUCCUCAGGAUGCACUCAGGAUCCGGGAGGCACAAGGUCUUCUCCACCUGUGGCUCUCACUUGACAGCUGUGUCCUUGUUUUAUGGGACUGUGUUUGUCAUGUAUGCACAGCCAGGAGCAGUGACCUCCAUGGCACAGGGCAAGGUGGUCUCUGUCUUCUACACCCUGGUCAUCCCCAUGCUCAACCCCCUCAUCUACAGUCUGCGCAACAAGGAUGUGAAGGACGCUCUACAGAGAUUGGUGCAGACACACGGUCUUGGGAAGAAGGGAGGCAAGUAG